AUGGCCAGAAAACAUGGGAAAUACGUAGUGAAUAUUGAUCAUUCUGGAAACCGGCUGUCUUUCAUGAACCCAAAAAACCAAGAAGUACAAAAUGUAGCAUGCCAGCUUUCUGCAUCAUCUACUCUAACUGGUGAUACUGGUACCAAUUUAACUGCUGUCUGCACCAACCUAGAGACCCUCGGACACUCCGAAUUUCCACACGGAGAAUGCCAACAUUGUCAAGUGGCACAGAAUUUCUUCAGUGAUUGGUCUCUCUGGAAAAUCUUCUUGGCUUGUCUCUUAGCCUGUGUGAUAACCACAGUGAUCGCAAUACUUAUAUUGUCUCUGGUAUAUAAUGGGAAAAAAGAUAAUACCUCCAUUAUUAUCCAAAUUCCCCAAGGUAGUGAGACACCUUCAUCUACUCCUAGAACAAUUGUAUCUACAAGUUCAAAACCUACAGUUACUGAAGAUAUAAUAGAACCCGCCACUGCAUCCAAUUUAAAUAAGCCUAUUAUCACAACAAUGACUGCUAGCACUUCAGUGCAGCUUAUCAGCCCAAUGACUACUACCAAGGUUUCAAGUAAGUCUACAGAAACUCCUGCCACCACUUCAACUGAAGCAAUAACCACAAUGACAAUAGGCACAUCCACAGAAGCCACAAAUACACUGACCAGCAAUACUACCUCUACUGAGCCUGCAACCAAAACAGUGACAAGCACUUUACCUGCUGUGGCUAACAGAACUACAAGCACUUCUGAACAGGUGGUAACAGUGCCUACCACAACUGCCCCCAUCUUGUCUACCACCAUAACUGCAGCUACUUUCUCAAAUGAACCAGUUACUACAAUGGUUAGCCCUUCCACUGAACGUUCAACCACAAUUUCGACCGUUCCCACUUCUACAGAAUCUACAGCUGUGACCACAAGUACAUCUAAACCGAGCACCACAACAACUGCUGGAAGUUCCAUUGAACCUACAGUCACAGUGCUUAAUGUUACCACUUCUAUUGAACCCACUACUGCAACCACAGCUACUACUUCAAUGGAAAAGAUUACUACUACUGCAGGAACUUCUACUGAACUUUCAGCCACCUCAGCCACCACUAGUGUUCCCAGUGGACAAACUACUACAACACCAGCCACUUCUUUAAUAGAACUGACUACAACUAUUGCAAGUACAUCCACCGGAACUACAGCUACAUUGGCCAUGGCUAUCUCUUCUCAAAUCUCCCCUACAACAGCCUCUAGCCCUUCAACUGCAGAGAUCACUACUACUGAAGGCCUUUACACUGAGCCUACUACAACAUCAACCAUCACCACUCUUUCCACUAAACCUAUCACUACAGUGACAACCAGUAUUUCAACAGAAUCAACUGCAAUCACAGACACUUCCACUAAAGUUACAAAUUCAGUGGGAACUCCUACUGCCUCCAUGGAAUCUACCAAUACAAUGGCAACCAUCACCUCUACUCAUCCAACUCUGACAAGUACUGCCAAUACAUCCACUGAAUCUACAAGCACAUAUCCCAUAACAACUGUAACCAGCAUUUCAACUGAACCAGUGACUACAACUGUAAGCACAUUUACUGAACUUACAACUACAAUGGGAACCAUUAUUGCCCCCAUGGAACUUGCCACUCCCAAAGCUGCCACCAUUUCAACUGUACCUACUACAGCCACUGCAGGGAUAUCCACCAAACUAACAUCUGCAAUCUCUUCUUCCUCCACUCAACUCUCCACUACAAAAGCAGUAACUCCAUCAUCUGAACUAACCACUAUAACAAAUGCCAGCCCAUCCACAUCAGCUACCAUUCAACCCUCCACUACAAGGGCUGAUAGUACUUCAGCUGAAUCAACCAAUACAAUUGAAAAUACUUCCACUGAACCUACCUUCACCUCAGCCACCACUACUGUCUAUACUCCACUUUCCACUACAACAGGAGUAACUACAUCAUCUGAAUUGGCUAGCACAAUUGGAAGUAUUUCCACUGAAUCUAACUCUGCAUCUGCCAGUACUACUUUGUCUACUCAGCCCUCUACUACAUCAACAUCCAUCACUUCAUCUGACCUGAAUAUUACAAGUGUAAGCACUUCCUCUGCAACCACAGCAAUGACCAUGAAUCCUAAUUUUCCAGAGUCUACAACAAUUGGAGCCACGGCUUCAUCUAAGCCAGGCACCACAACAACUCUAGGCAUUUCCUCUGAAGCUGCAAUCACAGAAACCAGCACUACUUCCUCUACUGAACCCUCCACAACUGCAACUAAACCAAUUACUAACACUGGAAGCAUAUCUGUUGAACCCACAACCAUAUUGACCAUCACUACUACCUCAAGUGAACCUACUACAACUAUUGUUGGCAGUACUUCAACUGAAACAACUAUUUUAACUGAAAGCACUUUCACUGAAUCAACCUCCACAUCAGCCACCACUACCAUCUCCACUCAACCCCCCACUACCUCAUCAGCCACAGCUGAACUGACUACCACAAUAAGUACCAGUACAUCCACUGAACCUAUAACUACAUUAGCCACCACUACUAUCCCAACUCAACCCUUCACUACAACAGCAGCCAGUACUUCAACUGAACCAACUGCUACUACAACUACCACUACUGACUUCACUCAACCUUCUAACACCGCAAUACUUACUACUUCAGUGGAACAGACCAGUACACCUAGAAGCAUUUCCACUGCAAGCACUGCCUCAUCAGUUACCACCACUGGCUCCAUUGAACCCUUCACUAUAACAGCCCUCAUCACUUCAUCUGAAUUGACUAGUACAAGUAUAAGCACUUCUACUGCCGAGACGACAAUGACCACCACUCCUCAUUUUCCAGAACAUACAACCAAAAUUGCAUUCCUAACUUCAUCUGAACCAGCUACCACAACAGCUGGAGGCACUUCCACUGAAACUACAACCACGGAAGCAGGCAGUACUGCAUCUAUUCAGCCUCCCAAGACAGCAGCAGCUAUAACUUCAACUGAAAAGUUUAGUACAAUUACAGACACGUCCACCGAACCUACUACUCCAUCAGUCGCCAGUACUUCUUCCACUAAAAUGACAACUACAGUGGCAGCCAGUACUUCAAAUGAACCAAGUAGCAUAACUGAAAGCACUACCAUUAAGCCUACAAUUACAUCAGCCAGCACUAGUGGGUCCCCUCAAUCUUCUACUUCAACAGUGGCCGCCACCACGUCUAAGCUAACUAGUCCAAGUGUAGGCACAUCUAAUGCAACUACAACAGUUAACUCUAGUCCUAAUUUUUCUGAAGCUACAACCACAAUUGCAGUCACUACUUCGUCGGAACUAACUAUCACAACAGCUAUAGGUACUACAUCUACAGCUACAAGCAAAGAAGCUAGCACUACAUCCUUCUCUACUGAACCCUCCAAAACAACAGCAGCUCUGACUUCAACGGAACCAGUGACUACCACUGUAGGCACUUCCACUGAACCUACAAUCCCACUGGCUACCACUACUUCCUCCACAAAACCCUAUAGUUCAACAGCAUUAACAGCUUCGUCUGACCCAACUGCUACAAGUGAAGGCACUUCUACUGCAGCUACAACAGUGACCAUGAGUACUAAUUCUCCAGAAUCUACAAGCACAGUUGCAGCCAUUUCUUCAACAGAACCAGCUACCAAAACAACUACAGGCCUCUCCUCUGAAGCUACAACCAUAGCAGCCAGCACUCUUUCCUCUAGCAAACCCAUCACAGCAACCUCAGCUACCACUUCACCUGAGCCAAUUGCUACCACCGUAAGCACUUCCACUGAAUCUUCCACCAUAUUGCCCACCAUUACUGUUGCCACUACACCCUCCACUACAACAGUGCAUAUUACUUCAUCUGAAUCAACUAGCACAAGUAUAAGCACUCCCACUCAAGUUACCACCACAGUGAUUACCACUCCUUAUUCCUCAGAAUCAACCAUGACCACUGGGUCUACUACUUCAUCUGAGCAAGAUACCACAACUACAGUCACCUCCUCAGAACCUACAACUACAAAAGACAGCACUACUUCUAUUUCUACUGAACCCCCCACAUCAAUAGUAGCAACCUCUUCAAUUGCACCAAUUACUACCACUGCAAGCACUCCACCUGAAGCUACAACCACACUGGGCAUUACUUCUGUCUCCACUCAAUCUACACCAACAGCCCCCAGUACAUUGGAGCCAACUGCUACAGCUACAAACACUUCCCCUGUAACUACCGCCAUAUCUGCAAGCCCUGCUAUUGCUACUCAACCUUCUACUACAUCAAGAGAUACUUCAUCAUCUCCAGUGCCUAGUACAACUAGAAGUACUUCCACCGAAUCCAAUUCUGCCUCUGCCACUACUACUUUAUCCACAACUCCCCCCAGUUCGACAGCAUCAACAGCUGCAUCUGAGCCCACUACUACAAGUGUAGGACCUUCCACUGCAGUUACAACAAUGACCAUGAGUACCAAGUCUCCAGAGUCUACAACCGCAAUUGCAGCCAUUAUUUCAUCUGAACCAGCUAGCAAAACAACUACAGGCCUCUCCUCUGAAGCUACAACCACAGUAGCCAGCACUUUUUCCACUCCUAAACCCUUCACAGCAACCUCAGCUACCACUUCAACUGAGCCAAUUGCUUCCACUGUAGGUGCUUCCACUGACUCUACAACCAUAUUGUCCACUACUACUGUGGCCACUCAACCCUCUACUGCGAUAGCAGGCAUCACUUUAUCUAAAUCAACUAGUACAAGUAUAAGCAUGUCCGCUGAAGCUACUACCACAAUGAUUACCACUCCUUAUUCUUCAGAACCUACAACCACAGUUGUAGCUACUCCUUCAACUGAAUUGGCCACCACUACAACUGUAGUCACUGCCUCUGAAGCUACAACCACAGAAGUCAGCACUACUUCUAUCUCUACUGGACCCUCUACAACAGUGGCAAAAACCUCUUCAAUUGAACCAAUUACUACCACUGCAAGCACUUCCACUGAAGCUACAACCACACUGGGCAUUACUUCUGUCUCCACUCAAUCUGCACCAAUAACAGCUACUCCCACAUCAGUGCCAACUGCUACAGCUAGAAACACCCCCAUUGCAUCUACUGCCACACCUGCCACCACUACUAUCUCUGCUCAACCUGCUACAACAGGACACACUGCAUCAUCUGAAAUGCCUAUUACAACAGUAAGUACUUUCACUGAAUUCAGCUCUGCACCUGUCACUACUACUUCCUCCAUAAAAUCUUCCAGUCCAACAUCCGAGCCAAGUACUCCACUUGGCACUUCCACUGUAGAUACAACAAUGACCCUGAGUCCCAAUUCUCCAGAAUCUACAACUACAAUUGCAGCCAUUACUUCAUCUGAACCAAUUAUGACAACAACUACAGGCAUGUCCUCUGAAUCUACUAAACCCCUCACAGCAACCUCAGCUACCACUUCACCUGAGCCAAUUGCUACCACUGUAAGCACUUCCACUGAAUCUUCAACCAUAUUGCCCAUCACUACUGUUACCACUACACCCUCCACUACAACAGUACCCAUCACUUCAUCUGAAUCAACGAGUAUAAGUAUAAGCAGUCCCACUCAAGUUACCACCACAGUGAUUACCACUCCUUAUUCUUCAGAAUCGACAAUGACAACUGGGUCUACUACUUCAUCUGAGCAAGAUACCACAACUACAGUCACCUCCUCAGAACCUACAACCACAGAAGACAGCACUACUUUUAUCAACACUGAACCCUCCACAUCAGAAGCAGCAACCUCUUCAAUUGCACCAAUUACUACCAGUGCAAGCACUCCACCUGAAGCUACCACCACACUGGGCAUUACUUCUGUCUCCACUCAAUUUUCUCCAACAACAACCUCUACUUCAUCUGUGCCAACUGUGACAAUGGAAAACCCUUCUACUCAAUCUACCUCAACACCUGCCAUGACUACUAUCUCUACUCAACCUUCUACUGCAACAGGAGAUACUUCAUCAUCUCCAAUGCCUAGUACAACUGGAAGUACUUCUACUGAAUUUAACUCUGCAUCUGCCACCACUACUUCCUCCACAAAAUUACCCACUUCAACAGCAACAACAGCUUCCUUUGAGCCAACUACUAUAAGUGUAGGCACUUCCACUGCAGCUACAACAAUGAUCAUCAGCCCGAAUUCUCCAGAAUCUACAACCACAACUGGGUCCAUUACUUCAUCUGAAACAGCUACCACAACAACUACAGGCAAUUCCUUUGAAGCUAUAACCAGUACAAGUAUAAGCACGUCCACUGAAGCUACCACCACAGUGAUUACCCCUUCUUUUUCUUCAGGACCCACAACCCCAAUUGCAAUCACUCCUUCAACUGAAUCAACUACCACCAAAACUGUAGUCACUCUGUCUGAAGCUACAACCACAGAAGUCAGCAGUACUUCUAUCUCCACUGGACCCUCCACGUCAGUGGCAGAAACCUCUUCAAUUUACCCAAUUACUACCACUGGAAACAUUCCUACUGAAGCUACCACCACACUGGGCAUCACUUCUGUCUCCAUUCAAUCUGCUUCAACUACAUCCAUGCCAACUUCUACAACUGAAAACCCUUCCACUGCAUCUACCUCCCCACUUGCCACCACUACCAACUCUGCUCGACCUUCUACAACAGGUGAUACUGCAUCAUCUGUAAUGCCUAGCACAAUGGGAAUUACUUCCAGUUCACUUCCAAUUAACUCUGAACCGGCCACUACUUCUUCAUCCACACAACUCUCCAGUUCAACAGGAUCAAUAAUUUCAUCUGAGCCAACGACUCCAAGUGUAGGACCUUCCACUGCGGGUACGACAAUGACCACGAUUCCUAACUUUCCAGAAUCUACAACUGCAGUUGGGUCCACUGCUUCAUCUGAAAUAGCUACCACAACAUCUACAGGCCCCUCCUCUGAAUCUACAACCACAGCAGCCAGCACAAUUUCCUCUACUAUACCUUUCACAGCAACCUCAGCUACCACUUCACCUGCUCCAAUUGCUCCUAAUGUGAGCUCUUCCAUUGAAGCUACAACCAUAGUGCCCACCACUACUCUUGCCCCUCAACCCUCUACUGCAACAGCACCCAUCACAUCAUCGGAAUCAACCAGUUCAAGUAGAAGCACUCCCACUGAAGCUACCUCCACAGUGAUAAUCACUCCUCAACCUUCAGAAACUAUAACCACAGUUUUGGCCAUUCCUUCAACAGAAUUAGCCUCCACGUCUGUAGUCACUCCCUCUGAAGCUACAUCCACAGAAGCUAGCACUACUUCUUUCUCCACUGAACCCUCCACAACAGCAACCUCUUCAAAUGAAUCUAGUACUAGCAGUGCAAGCACCUCCACUGAAGCUACAUCUAUACUGGGCAUCUUCAACUCAAUCUUCUUCAACAACAGCCACCACUUCAUAUGA